AAUAACAUGCAGUAGCUUUUCUGUGUGUGUGCAGUUAAUAAGAAUAUGAUUAGAGAGCGUGGAAGAUAAUAAGGAUGGCAUUUAACCAACAAAGCCAGGAAAUUCCAGACUGCAGCUCGCGUGUUUCGCUUGUUGUGCCUGGGGUUUUGUUUUGUGAGGGUGUUUUGCCCACCUUUAGGAAUACUCCAGAAAAGAGUUGUUCCUACGGCGCUGGGGAAGCGGAUCAGAUCGAUUCCCUGUAACGCUGAGGUUUCCUCUCCUCUCCAUGCGGUGACAGCUCUGUCCACCCACCUUACACACCUUUUCCCCUCUUAUUCACGUGCCAAUUUUCAGCUUAGGAGGAGUUUUCCAGCAGGUUGCGUUAGCUGAGAAUUGGUGUUUUUUCUUUUUCUUUUAUAACCUUUUAACUGCAAAAGGCCACAGAGCCUUUGCUGGGUCCAAGCCGCUGUGGAGCUGCUCUCUGUUUCUGCCCUGAGGAAUGCAGUAAAUCAGGAUUUGAAUGCACAGCAAGAGCACACACCUACGUGUGGCUUUCUGAAUCUUCAGCCCUGUUAAAAGGGAAGGUUUACAUAAAGCAUCUUUGCACUGGUCAGUUUUGUUCCCUUCUGGGAAGACCGGCUGUUGGAGGGGUUUGGUGUGUUGGCUUUGGAGGCUUUUACGAAGACUUGGGUGAUUUUUAAGGGCAGGGCGAUCUCUCAGGGAACACAGCGGGGCUGCCAAGCUGGUUUGCAUUUCCCUCAAACUGAAUCACACCAUUGCUGCCUUUGCAAGGUGGAGCUGAAGGCUCUUCAGGCUGCACAGAGUGAACAAGGCUUUAGCAAAGGGCAUUGGUGCUGGUUAAAGUCAAGUGCAGAGAGCUUCCUCUUCCUGGAGAGCUGCAGUGGUGCCGUUCUGUUCCUUUGAAAGGAGUUUACUUUAUUUGCCUGAAGAGGCUUUUUGUUUCGUUUUGCAUGGGCAACAUCUCCUAAUUACAGCGUUUUGCUCCGGGAAGGGCUGCAGCGCUCUGUGCAGAUUGAGGCCGAGGUGCUGAUCCGGGCGCUGCCGACCCCAGCUGCCAGGAGGGAUCCAUGAGCAGACAACCUUGGAUAUGGACAUCGUCCUGUCGGAUUUUGUUCGCUCGACAGGGGCAGAGCCAGGACUGGCCAGAGACCUGCUGGAAGGUAAAAACUGGGAUCUGAGCGCAGCACUGAGUGACUUUGAGCAGCUACGGCAGGUGCACGCAGGGAAUUUGCCACACUCCUUCAACGAGGGCCGCAGCUACAAACCCCCAGAGAAGGAGGCAGCCCGGCCCGGGCGACCACCGCUGCAGCGGCAGGAUGACAUUGUGCAGGAAAAGCGCCUGUCUCGAGGCAUUUCCCACGCCAGCUCCACCAUUGUCUCCCUGGCCCGCUCCCACGUCUCCAGCAACGGCAGCAGUGAGCACCUGCUGGAGAUGCCCAUCUCCACCUUCCAGCUGCCCGACCUCACGGUGUACACAGAGGAGUUCCGCAGCUUCAUCGAGCGAGACCUCAUCGAGCAGUCAAUGCUGGUGGCACUGGAGCAGGCUGGUCGUCUGAACUGGUGGGCGAACGUGGAUCCCAGCUGCCAGAGGCUGCUUCCCCUGGCCACCACGGGUGAUGGGAACUGCCUGCUCCAUGCUGCGUCCCUGGGUAUGUGGGGUUUCCACGAUAGAGAUCUCGUGCUUCGCAAAUCCCUUUAUGCCUUAAUGGAUAAAGGUGUGGAAAGGGAAGCCCUGAAGCGGCGCUGGCGUUGGCAGCAGACGCAGCAGAACAAGGAGUCCGGUCUGGUUUACACCGAGGAGGAGUGGCAGAAGGAGUGGAAUGAGCUGAUCAAGUUGGCCUCCAGCGAACCUCGCGUGCACUACGGCACCAAUGGAGGCGGCUGCGGAGGUGUUGAAAGCUCCGAGGAACCCGUGUAUGAGAGCCUGGAGGAGUUCCACGUUUUUGUGCUUGCCCAUGUGUUGAAAAGGCCCAUCGUGGUGGUGGCAGACACGAUGCUGCGAGACUCAGGGGGAGAAGCCUUUGCCCCUAUUCCCUUUGGAGGUAUCUACCUUCCCCUGGAAGUUCCAGCCAACAAAUGCCACCGCUCUCCGUUGGUACUGGCAUACGACCAAGCCCAUUUCUCUGCCCUGGUAUCCAUGGAGCAGAAGGAGUCCACGAAAGAUCAAGCUGUGAUCCCCCUGACAGACUCUGAGCAUAAGCUGCUCCCCGUGCACUUUGCAGUGGAUCCUGGGAAGGACUGGCAGUGGGGAAAGGAUGACGGUGACAACGUCAAGCUGGCCAGCGUGACGCUCUCGUUGGAAGCAAAGCUGCACUUGCUGCACAGCUACAUGAAUGUUAAAUGGAUCACGUUGCCUUGUGACAUGCAGGCGCCUUUGGCCCAGCCGGAAUCCCCCACAGCCUCAGCAGGGGACGAUGCCCGUUCAGCUGCGGAGUCAGGAGAGUCAGACAAGGAGUCAGUCUGCAGCAGCUCAGCAAGCAAUGGGGGCAGCAGGGGCUGCAAGGACAAAGAGAAACCAAAGAAAGACCGAGAAAAGGACAAGGAAAAGGAUAAGAAACGGGCCGACUCGGUUGCCAAUAAGCUGGGCAGCUUUGGCAAGACUUUGGGAAGUAAGCUAAAAAAGAACAUGGGUGGGUUGAUGCACAGCAAAACUAUCAAGGGAGGUGUGAGCAACGGGCAGGGGGACACCCUGGAGAAGAAGAAAAAGGGAUCCUUGAAGACGAGGAAAGGCAGCAAGGAGGAAUCCUCCCAGGGAGACCUUUCGGUUCCUGGGGAGAAAAGCUGCGUGGGUAAAGCAGCCUCCGAGAAGCCCUCAGACCCCUACAAGUACAGCAACGACGUGCGGCUGAGCCUCAGCAUCCUGCGCGCUGCCAUGCAGGGCGAGCGCAAGUUCAUCUUCGCCGGCCACCUGAAGACCGGCCACCGGCACCAGUACCAGGAGGAGAUGAUCCAGCAGUACCUCCUGGAUGCUGAGGAGCGCUUCCUGGCCGAGCAGAAGCAAAAGGAGGCGGAGAAGAAGGCGCUGGGGAGCGCCGCCGCCCCUGCCAAGAAGCUAGAGGUGGAGGUGAGGGGCAAAGAAGCCCUGCACGGCCCCGUGUACCCCCAGCCCCCCCCGGCCUACGCCAUCCACACCCCGGAUUUGGCCAUCGGCGCUAAAAUGGCCGCGUUUCCCUCCAGCUACUCAGGCGUCUUCACCUUCCCCAGGCCCUCCGUGGUCAGCGGCAGUGCAGAAGGCUCGCACCCCCCCAGCUACCACGAGGGUCGGCGGCAGGUGGCGGGGGGCUCCUGCAGCGGCCUCCCCCCCUACGCCACCCUGCCCCGGCACUGCGCUCAGGUGCGGCCGCAGCCUUCCCACGUGGGGAGGUUCUCCCCCACGGACACGGACGUUCAGCCCAGCUUCCCCACGGAGUGCGAGGCCCCUGCCUGCGUUCCCCCCCAGCACAGCAACGGUUACCGGGAGUACGUGGAGCAGGACGGCCCGCAGAAGGGAGCACCCGUGGACAAGACGAGAGGCAGGGUUCUUUAUGGCGUUCAGCAGACCAAAUGCAAGCAGCCAAACUGCAGCUUUUACGGGCACCCAGAAACCGGGAAUUUCUGCUCCUGCUGUUACAAAGAGGAGCUGAAACGUAAAGAGCGCGAGGCGCUGGUGCACAGGUUCUGAGCGCUGCCAGGGCCGGACCUGCAGCACGUGAGGAAUGCAAUAAUGUGUGGUUUGUCCCCGCGCUGCUCCUCUCGCUGGCUGGAAGGAGGGAGGGGGCUGACAGCGGCGUUCAGCUCUGCGCUGCGGAGGAGAUGCGGGUGAGGGGCUGGGAGGAGCGGUGCCUCCCUGCAGAGACUCGGGCAGAGGGGCUCAUCCUGCCUGGAUGGGGUCGGCGCAGGGGCGAGCUCAGGUGGGAGCUGGGGGCGGAAGGGGGGUCCAGCGAUCCGUAUCCCAGACCAAAGCUUUCAGCUGGACCCUGACGCCGCCCCGCUCCAAUAGUGCUUCCCAGAACGGAGCGGAAUGCCCCACGAUCCCAGUGAGGAAGUCGCAGACCUUUCAACGGAGAGAUUUUUGUUGUUUUUUUUUUUAACACUUUAUUAUUAUUUUUUUUUUUCCUGGUACCGAGAGAAAAGUAGUUGGAACGGGACGUUGUUGUUUUGUUUCGGUGGGACCGAGCCCGUCGGAUGUCUCAGCGCCUUCAGCUCCAUGGGGGCUCUGCCCUCCCCCCCGCGGGCUCGGCUCUGGUUUUUAAAUACUGUUUUUUAAGCUCUUCAGGAGGGCGGGAGGAGGACCGAGGGUUGGUCUCAGCGCUGAGCGGUGUUGAGUUUUCCUGCAGCAGAGCCGUUCUGUUGGCGGCACAGAGAUGACAGAAGGCAGGUCGGUGCCCCCACCAGCAAAACCUCCGGCGUGGAGCAGGAGAGAGGACAGAGCCCUGCAGCACGGGAGGUAACGCCGCGCCGCCCUUAGCUUCCAGCCCCACGUGGAUACGCGCGAUAACUUUCUACUUGAGCAAGCUACUUCCAUACUACCUCUGUUCUGCUGAAUAGAAUUAACUCGGCUCCAUUUUGCUGAGCCACGUAACUGACCUUUAGGCUGAGUAAUACGAGAGAUAUUUUUGAUAACAGGGCUAAAGAGCGAGGCGUAAGGAAGGCGAACCCGUAACUGCGUCACUCACAGCCACGCGGCCGCGGCGCUCCCCGCUCGGCCCUGCGGUCGCGGCGUUCACGUCUCGCAGGGGGGGCUGUGAUUCAGCACUGCGAUGUUUGCACAGAUAUAUUUUUUGUUGUUUUUGUAAUUAGGGAUCCCAAACCGGGCUCCAUCCUCGGCCCAGUCCUGUAUAGAGCGAGGUUCAGCAUUUUACCACGUGGAAAUAAAAGAUGAGUUCUGCCAGUAACUCAAAAGCUUUA